GAGGGCGAUGACGAAAAAUUGCUUUUGAAAAAGAUUUUUACAAACUUAUGAACAAUUCCGUGUUUGGUAAAACGAUGGAGAACGUUCGCCUAAGAUUGAAAAUGGAACUUACGAGCAGCGAGGCAAGAUACAGAAAACUUGUCAAUUUACCAAACCAUAAAGGCACAACAAUAUAUGGUGACAACUUGUGUGCUGUACAUUUACAUAAAGACGAUUUAGUUUUUGAUAAGCCCAUGUACAUAGGAUUUGCCGUUUUAGACAUAUCUAAAACUCUAAUGUAUGAUUUUCACUACGGUACCAUGAAAGCGUUAUAUGGAGAAAACAUUGAACUCCUAUACAUGGACACUGAUUCAUUGAUAUACCUGGUGAAAACAAAAAAUUUUUAUGAGGAUAUGGAACAUAAUCGAGGGUUUUUGGAAAAACUGGAUACUUCAAACUAUCCAGUUAACCAUCCAUGUUACCGUACAGAGCGUUGCAAGAUUCCCGGCACUUUCACAGACGAGACUGGUGGAGAGAUUAUUUCAGCACAUGUUGCUCUAAGAUCUAAAGCAUACGGUUUUAUUCAAAAUACUAAAGAAAUUAUCAAAGCUAAAGGCGUGGCCCAUCAUGCCGUAAAAAACCAUAUAAUAUUUGAAAAUUAUAAACAGUGUCUUUUUCAGGGAAUAAUCGAUUUACCCGAAGAUUAUACUCCUUAUAGAGAAAUGCGAUCCUUUAGAUCGUACAAACACCAAAUUAAGGUGUUCAGUAAGUGA